AUGGCGGAUUUCAUCGACCCCCGAAUGUCCUCCGUCCAGCCUCGCAUCCGUUACAAUACAAUCGGAGGCAUCAACGGCCCUCUCGUUGUCCUCGACAAUGUCAAAUUCCCCACCUACAACGAGAUCGUCUCCCUGACGCUCCCCGAUGGAACUGAGCGGUCGGGACAAGUUUUGGAAGCUAGAGGAAACCGAGCUAUCGUCCAGGUGUUUGAGGGAACUUCAGGUAUCGAUGUCAAGAAGACCAAAGUCGAAUUCACCAACCACAGUUUGAAGCUUGGCGUUUCCGAGGACAUGCUUGGUCGUGUUUUCGACGGCUCAGGUCGCGCCAUUGAUAAGGGUCCUAAGGUGUUGGCGGAGGACUACUUGGAUAUCAACGGUCAACCGAUCAACCCCUACUCGAGAGUGUACCCUGAAGAGAUGAUUUCUACGGGUAUCUCCGCCAUUGAUACCAUGAACUCAAUCGCCCGUGGUCAGAAGAUUCCCAUCUUCUCAGCCUCCGGUCUCCCUCACAACGAAAUCGCUGCUCAGAUUUGUCGCCAGGCUGGUCUGGUUAACAAGCCGACCAAGGAUGUUCACGACGGCCACGAAGAGAACUUCUCCAUUGUCUUCGCCGCUAUGGGUGUUAAUAUGGAAACUAGCCGUUUCUUCACACGUGAUUUCGAGGAGAACGGUAGUAUGGAGAGGGUCACCCUCUUCCUGAACUUGGCCAAUGACCCGACGAUCGAGCGUAUCAUCACUCCUCGUCUAGCAUUGACUACAGCUGAAUACUACGCUUACCAACUAGAGAAGCACGUUCUGGUUAUCAUGACUGAUCUGUCGGCCUACUGUGAUGCUCUGCGUGAAGUCUCGGCUGCCAGAGAAGAAGUUCCUGGUCGUCGUGGUUAUCCCGGUUACAUGUACACUGAUUUAUCGACCAUCUACGAGCGUGCUGGACGAGUGCAAGGCCGCAAUGGCUCCAUCACCCAGAUUCCCAUUCUGACCAUGCCUAACGACGAUAUCACGCAUCCCAUCCCUGAUUUGACAGGGUACAUUACCGAGGGCCAGAUUUUCAUUGACCGUCAACUGUACAACAAGGGUGUUUACCCUCCGAUUAACGUUCUGCCGUCCCUAUCCCGUCUGAUGAAGUCAGCCAUCGGCAAGGGCCGUACUCGCGAUGACCACUCUGAUGUGUCCAACCAGCUGUACGCCAAGUACGCCAUUGGACGAGAUGCCGCUGCCAUGAAAGCCGUCGUCGGAGAAGAGGCCCUCUCCUCUGAAGACAAGCUGUCCCUCGAGUUCCUCGACAAAUUUGAACGUACCUUCAUUAACCAGUCCGCCUACGAAUCGCGCUCCAUCUUUGAAUCUCUUGAUAUCGCCUGGAACCUCCUACGCAUCUACCCUCCACACCUCCUCAACCGUAUCCCCAAGCGUGUUAUUGACGAAUUCUACGCCCGGUCAGGACGCAAGAUUCCUAACAAGGACACGCGGGACAACUCUGCCCCUGAGCAAGCCCAGACUCAGAACGCGGAUCUUGUUGAGACCUAG